GUGACCUACCGCUGCGUAAAGCUCGUGCAUGUGAAGUCAACGCCGAAGUUUCCAACGCAUCUGUUGUGAAACUCCUUGUAGAGUUCACCUUUAAUGUAGACAUGCAGACACUUCGGCGGCCGUGUGGUUAUCAGCUCAAAGAUUAACAGUAAUCGGCACCAUCACCACGGCUGCUGCCCAGGGACUAUCUGCUGCAUCUCCCACAGCGCCUGGUCCGCAGCCUCCUGGCAGGCCAAGGGCAGGCGACGCGGGCACAUUCUGAUGGGCCUGGCAUCCCCAGUGUCGAUCUCAUGCUGCACCAGACCAUCAAAUGAAGACCAUCAGAUGAAGACCAUCACAUGACCAUGGAGAGCCAACGCGAUGACGCCAUCCCGUUCCCCAUGGUGAGACGCAGCAGUCUGAGCAGGACCAGUGCGGAGAUCGUGAAGGAAGCACGUCAGUCGCUGCGCAGCCUCAGCACCAAGCGGCCCCACACCCCCAGAGAUGGGGCCAGACAACUCUUCGGGGGAAACUAUGUCUGGUCAGACUGUGAAGCCAGGCCCCCGUCCACGUUCAGCAUCCAUGCUCUGAGUUUUGAUGCGCCCGACUCCCGACCGGGCUCAGGGACGAGGCUGUCUCCUAUUGACCAUAAACCAAGGCUUAGAGUUACAGAAACCGGUGAGGAGCUGGCCAGGGCCCACCCGAGACCCCCCACUGAACCUCCAGACGCAAAAAGGGGGCUUCAGGUAGCUAGGACACGCCCCCCUCGGGCGGGGUCAGCGACCUCUCUGCCCCCUCUGGAUCGACCCAGCAGUGCCAAGGACAGAGCGAGCCGCGACCAAAGAUGUCCGUCCGAGAAGAAGGAGGACAGGAGACUUCUUGGGACACACCAUCCCCCUCCCGGACCUGGCCCACAACACAUCGCCGCUGAAAGUAGAACCAGCAGCAGUAGACCUGUCGACCCCGCCGCCGGAGGCCCGCAGUGUGCAGUGGGACAGAGAACAGACGGGGGAAGUGGAGAGGGCCCGGCCGGCCGAGACCAGGGUGCAGAGUCACAGGCCUGGGAGCAGGAAGUCCUCCCCCUCCUGGAUCAGCUGGGCUCCCCCACCACAGCGGGCAGGCCCGCGGCCUCGGAGGACCUGCUGUGUGAGCUGUGCGCCCGCCUACACGCGGCUCUGGCGCGGGCCCACCUGCUGGGCCGGCGCUGCAAGAGGAGGGCCCAGAUCCUCCGCAUGCUCUUCGCCCUGAUCGACCGUGACUCGGCACGCCUCCACCUGCAUGUCGCCACGCUCUGUCUGGCCCUGUGUGUCAGUGGGAACAACCUGCUAAACAUCUGCAAGCUCAUCUAUAAGAUCAGCCGCAGUGAGAGCAACGACAGGCUGUUCCAGAGCACCUCCAUCCUAGACGCCCUGCUGGUGGUCCUCAGCAGCGAGGACGUCUGUGUUUCCGGAGAGGCCCUGCUCUACUCCGUUGCUGCACUGAAGUUCCUGUCCGGGAACGACGCCCUCCUCAGACAACUGUUGGCCAAGGGCUGCGUUGGUGUGGCCAAGCCGCUGCUCCAGAAGCUCCACCCACUCUCAGAAUCGGGGCACGCCCUCUUCGCCACUGCUGGGCACAUUCUCCUGCAGCUCACGUCGGUCCUGAGGAACCUUGCAGACCUCCCAGAGUCCCGCCCCCACUUCCUGUCCCACGGCAUCCUAUCAGAGCUCUGUGUGGCUCUGCGUCAUCACCAGGAGGACGCAGACGUCUGCACCAACAUCGCCAGAAUAUACAGUAAGCUCUCCUCGUAUGCAGAGUGUCGCCUGGCGUUGGACAACACCCCCUACUGUUACCAGCUAUUCUUAGACCUGCUGAACAAACACCAUAAGAAACAGGACCUGGUGGUCCGCCUGCUCUUCACCCUGGGGAACCUGACGUCCCGCAGCGACGCGGCGCGAGCGCGCCUCUAUGGCUGCGGCGGCUUCCCCACCGCCCUGCUGCGGCUCUACCGCUGCUACCUGGGGGAGGGCGAGGACCCCCCACGGGCAGGGGUGCCCGGCGGGCAGCACCACGACGUCCUGGUCAAGCUGGUCCGGGUGCUGGCCAAUGUGUGCGUGCACCCCGCCGUCGGCGUGGAGAUGGCGUCGGACGCGCUGUGUCUGCAGCUGCUGAUGGAGACGCUUGAGCUGAGGCCCGUGGCGGACGGAGAGCUGCUGGUGAACGUGGCCGCCACCAUCAACAACCUGUCCUUCCACCAGCAGGCUGGCUCGGCGGUGAGGCAGAACCAGCUCGCCAUCAGCCAGUUGCUGUUGAAGCUCAUGCUCAGCUCCAACAUGGAGGCCGUUCUGGAGGCCACCCGUGUCUAUGGAAACCUGACACAGUGGAAGGAAGUGCGGGACCUCGUCAUGCGAAACAAAGUCUACCAGUUCCUGGUGACCCUGCUGGAUUCUCAGAGUGGAGAGGUGUGUUUUGCUGCCUGUGGGGUCCUCACCAACCUGAGCCUGGACCCUCCCAGCAGGGCCACGCUCACACAGGAGGGGGUCAUCGCCAAGCUGGUGGACUGUCUCCGGGACCUGGGGCCCGGGGACUGGCAGCUGGCCGGCCAGGUGUGUCAGACCCUGUGGAACCUGACGGAGCCGAGCGCCUCAGACGGAGGGGCCCCCCUGCACCAGCAGGAGAGAGAGACCCUCCUGGGGGCCCUCAUAACCUACUCAUGUAGGCACAUAGGUGAAGAAGAGGCAAUCCAGUGGACGGCCAACAACGACAUGAGGGAUUACCACAAGGCCUGCUGGGAGAUGGAGUUUCUUCCUGUGGCCCGGAAACUAAAAGACAGACUACAGCCUCUGAACUGACUGAUCUGUGUAGCUAGAAUGUGACAUCCAUAUCCUUCGUGUUCUCCGUGGGCUCACUAUUCUUUAUCUAUUUGUACUAAUACCCAGAAAAUGAUCUUCUCAUAAGUGCCUGCUGAAAUUAUAUUUGACUUCUUAUUUGUCUUAUUUGGUUUUACCUUAAACCUCAGUCAAACAUGUAUUGAUUUGCACUUGGUUCCUAUAACUCUAUGAAGCCAUGUAGACACGCCUCGCUCAUGAUGCUACAUGAUCGCUACAGGGAAAAGCAGGGAUGUACAUUUUAACUAGAGCUUUAACCUCUGGUCUCCAGGGCAGCACGACUACUGUGAAUUGUUGGUAUUUAACACAAAAUAUACAAUAAAGAGCUAAAUCCAUA